AUGGCGUCUCAACACUCACGGCGCUCACGAGAGCCGUCCCGUCCCGAAAUGGCCAUCGGUCGCUAUACUCGCCUUGAUGAGAUCGGUCGAGGGAGCUUUGCCACGGUCUAUCAGGGCGUGCACACGAGAACCCGUACCUAUGUCGCUAUCAAAUCUGUCAAUAUGUCCAAGCUCAACAAAAAGCUCAAGGAUAACCUUUCCUCCGAAAUCGACAUUCUCAAGGGCCUGCAUCAUCCGCACAUUGUCGCCCUGAUCGAUUGCCAUGAGUCAACCUCCCAUAUUCAUCUGGUUAUGGAGUACUGCGCUCUAGGAGAUCUGUCGCUUUUCAUUAAGCGCCGGGAUACUCUGGCAGACCAUCGAUACACUCGGGACAUGAUUGCCAAGUACCCAAACCCAGCCGGUGGGGCUCUGAAUGAAGUUAUUGUUAGGCACUUCCUGAAGCAGCUCGCCAGCGCGCUGCAUUUCCUUCGAGACCGAAAUCUCAUUCAUCGAGAUAUCAAACCGCAAAAUCUGCUGCUGUGCCCUUCCCCUUCGUCAUACCGCAGCGGUGUGGCCCAGGUCAUUCCUUACAAGGGCAGUGAUGAUUCCUACGAUCCGAUGACAGGUCUGGAGUCCCUUCCAAUGCUCAAGAUUGCGGAUUUUGGCUUUGCCCGGUCUCUUCCCGCAACAUCGCUAGCCGAGACUUUGUGUGGUUCCCCGCUGUACAUGGCCCCCGAAAUCCUUCGGUACGAGAAGUAUGACGCCAAGGCCGAUUUAUGGUCGGUUGGUACUGUGCUCUACGAGAUGGUAGUGGGCCGGCCUCCCUUCCGUGCCACAAAUCAUGUAGAGCUGCUACGGAAGAUCGAGAAAGGGGAGGACCGAAUCCGAUUUCCCGAGGAGAACCCGGCUUCGGAUGAUAUCAAGAAGCUGAUCCGCACGCUCUUGAAACGCAACCCCGUGGAGCGGUUAAACUUCCCCGAAUAUUUUAAUAACAAUGUCAUCAAAGAUCCAAUUCCUGGAUUGAUCGCCGAUGAUGCCCCGCCAGCGCCUCGAAGGCCUUCCGCCGAUCUCGGCCCCAUAUCAGAGUCGUCCCGAGCUCAACCCCGACCGGCUCGACCGGCUCAGAUUGAUACGAGAAGUCCAAGGGAGUCUCCCUAUUCUGCUGAACCCGAGGAAACAUCUACAUACCCUCGUCGGCCGACUGCGUCGCGGCAGAAGUCUGGGACUCCGCCGGGAGCCGCUCCCAUGCGUCGGGUUGGCAGCGCGGACCGGCCUCCGUCCAGUGCAGCUAAAGAGCAAACACGGGGUGCUACUCCCCCACAACGGCCCAGUGCAAUUAGCCAUGCGACUGCCCCGGGACGUCAAGAACUGGUAGAUCGCUAUGCGACUACGGCGGCGAUGGAGCGGCAGAGAAGUCGAAAUACUUACUCUGGUUCUUCAAGGGCCGAAGAACCCUCCAACCGUGCUAGAGAGGAGCAAGACCGUGCUGCUCAGGAAGUGGCAUUCGAGCGCGAUUAUGUUGUCGUGGAGAAGCGCGCGGUGGAGGUCAACGCUUUCGCAGACGAACUGGCUCAUAGUCCCCGUAUCCAAGGCGGCUUCGCUCGACCAGGCCAGGCUGGCACUGUGUCUCGUCGUGCGACUACGCAGGGUGUGCCGACUGUCCCAGCGACGUCUCCGCAUGUCAACACUACCAAAGCCAUCCGGGUCGUGUCGGGUCGUGCCCGGGCAGACUCAUCACAUCAGCGUCAACACUCCUACGAGCGACGCUACGGACAGAGUCCUACAUCAGCGACGUCAGCCAUUUCUAAGGCACUCAACAUGGCCAGCGGCCGUUUGUUUGGCAUGGGCUUCUCGCCUCCGAUGGCUAUCACCAAAGGUGGGCGGUCUCCGCCUUUGGCCUACAAUCCUUUUCCUGUCUACCCGGCCACACAGGCAAGUCUGAUGAUUACGGGGGAUGGAGCCAAGACCAACGUGGUCUACGAUGAAGAUUGCAAGACUGUUCAAGUGAUCGAGGAAUGCGCCACUCGGAGUGAUGUCGUUUUCGGGUUCGCCGAGGUCAAAUACAAGCAGCUUAUCCCGCUGGCGCCUUCGGCACAAACCGACCCGGCUGCGAGACCCAGCCCUUCCGCUGAGCCCAAUUGCAGUGAUUCCACUGAUGAAGGGCUCACCGUUGAUGCGAUCGUCACUUUAUCCGAGGAGGCUCUGGUCUUAUACGUCAAAGCUUUGUCUUUACUGGCCAAGUCCAUGGACAUUGCCGGGGCUUGGUGGUCGCGCAAGAACCGCGAGGAAAUCUAUGGAGAAUCCCCGUCCAGCCGGACUGACGGAGGAACCAGUGCUCUUGCCGGGACGCGGAUCAAUCACGUCGUGCAAUGGGUCCGGAGUCGGUUUAACGAGGUUCUGGAGAAGGCGGAGUUUGUGCGCCUGAAACUCAUCGAGGGACAGAAGCGUCUUCCUCCGGAUCAUCCCAGCCACCCAGACAACCACUCAGUUGGCUCUACUGCUGGCUCCAGCACGGCUGAUGUCGUGGUGAGCCCGGGAGUCACCGCCGAGAAAUUGAUGUACGACCGCGCGCUCGAGAUGAGCCGCGCUGCAGCCAUCAACGAACUGACGGGCGAGGAUCUUGCCGGGUGUGAGAUUGCGUAUAUUACUGCUAUCCGGAUGCUGGAGGCCGUCCUCGAGGAUGAUGGGCUGCGGUCAGUGCCUGGUAGUGGGGGUGACCGGCAAUCCGCCUCGCAGACAGCCGACAAGGCGGUGCUGGAUGAGCUGCAGGCGGAGGACCGGCAGGUGGUGGUGAAAUUGGUGUCCAGCAUGCGUGGUCGACUGGCGGCUCUUCGGAAGAAGCUGGCCCUCAUCACGAAGCGCUCGUCUGCGCCAACACCCCCGAUGGGCAGCACGGGCCGCGUGCCGCCAUCCAACAUGGGCCCCGUCACACAGGCGAUGGGCGCAACAUCGCCUCGGUGA